UGUACAAUUUUCUACAUCAAUUUCAUUUCAUUGUUUCAGGUGAACUCAGCUGUAUUCAAAACGAAGAUUCUUUGAAGGGUUUGAAACUGAUUCACUGUUUGAGGAUGCAUACAUGUAUAAUAAGUUACUUAAACAUAUAAGUCAGUGAGGAGUUAAGACGUUGUGAUGUUGUGAAUUAUGGAGGAACGCAGUCCAGACCAGGACUUAUGUUUUGAUGAACACACGCCACUCGUCGUGCCAUUUCAAAAUUCGCAAAAUGAGAUAUCUUCAAGACAAGACUCAUCUUCGAUGCAUAGUACAAAAGGGAAUAAUACGACGAAGGGUUUUACAUUAAAACGGUCAAUGGUCAUUCCAAUGAGUGUGUGUUAUUGUUUCGCGUGCGGAAUUCAUAUGUAUAUAGUUCCGCAGUACGUUCAAGAAGUGAUGAAAGGCAGCGAUGAAAAAGAGCUGCCGCACCAAAUAAAACCGCCAAAAGAGAACCUUUUCCAGUCUCCGGUGAAUUCUACAUUUAACGCAUGUUCUUACGUGAACAAGUCAGACCCGUCGUACGAAAAGUUUACACGUGUGCAGCAGGAUACGGCAAGGUGGCUGAUAGAUUUUAACGUGGCUCUGCUUCUUCCGGCAAUGUUCGCAAAUUUAGUUUGGGCAUCGUUUUCAGACGUGUUUGGACGGAAGUUUUCCUUAUUUCUGUGUUUGAUGAGCUUUACCAUUCGUGCGACUGUUUUCAUGUUGGUCGUUUACUUCAAAUUAAGACUAGUUUUUGUGAUAAUAGGGAUUAUAAUAGACGGGCUCGCUGGAUCUUUUACUAGUUUCAAUGCAGUGCUGUUUUCAUUUGUCUCGGAUAUUUCUAAUACAGGUAGACAACGCACGAUAGCAAUUGUUGUUAUCGAGUUAGUGACUGGCCUUACAUACACUGUUUCUUCUCUUGUAUCAGGAAAUUUAAUCGAAAAAUACGGCUUUUUGUUUCCUUCCAUGGCAGUAUCAUGCCUUUCGGGGAUUGGAGUUCUGAUUUUGCUGUUUCUAGUACCGGAAACUAAGCCAAAUAUUCGAAUUCAACGACAAGGAAGCAGCAUGUUGAAAAGUGUCACAGAAUCCGUAAAAUUCUAUUUCUGUGAUGGUUCAAAAAUUAAACGCGCAAAAUAUAUUUUACUUAUGCUUGGAUUUUUCUUCAUGGGCAUCCCAGCAUUGAGCCGAAGUACGUUAGAGGUCUUGUACCAGUUAGGGCGGCCAUUUUGUUGGACAUCAACAAAGAUAGGGUGGUUUGGAGCUCUAAAAAUGGCGGUGGCGUCGCUGCUUGGACUGGGUGGAGUAUAUGUAUUCAAGGGAUGUAUAGCAGAUGAUACAAUCACUCUUUAUAGUUUGAUCUUUAGCACAGCUGCUUUUAUUGUAGAAGGGUUGGCGAAGACAGACUUUGCUUUAUAUAGCGUUACCUUGAUAGCUGCACCUUCCGAGCUUCCUUUUCCAAUGAUCCGAAGUUUGAUGUCUUGCCUUACGCCUGCCGAAAAACAAGGGGCAUUAUUUGCUAGCAUUGGUUUUGUGGAGACACUGUGUUCAUUGAUUGGCUCAGUCAGCAACAAUGCUGUGUAUUCGGCGACUUUGAAAAUAAUGAAUGGAUUUGUUUUUCUCCUGAUGGCCGGACUGACACUGAUUGGGGCAUUCUUCAUACUUGCAUUUAUGGUAGUGCAGAGACGGUUCAGUGAUUACCCAGUGGAAGUCAGUCCUGUUGCCGACACUACACACACAUUGGUGAACAGCAUAAACGACAUUUCUUAAAGACCCAUCACAGCAUAAACGACAUUUCUUAAAGACCCACCACAGCAUUGUUUCCUGCUACAUGAACGUCGUGAAAAUUAUUCUGAUAAUACAGCUAUACUACAAGACGCUAGAUGUACAAUAAAGGCCCUCUUUUCACAUCGUUAUCUGCAAACGUAUUAUGUCAAUCUCUUUCAGUAUUGCUUUAAAAAAAACAUAGAUAAAGAACAAUCUUGCACCGUAAGAACAAAGUGUGUUCUUAUAUCAAUUUAAUGCAUUAAGUACUGUGCAUUUAUGUUAUAAAUGUGUCUAUUAUAGUGCAUUGUCAUAGACACAUUGUCUUGGCUUCAUAUAUGUCGCUGUCAACUAUGUGACUAGAUAUUUGUAUUUCUCAAUUGUUUUCAAACAUCAUGUAUAAUGCAUUCAUGAAAAUAAAAAUUGAAUACAGUUUAUUCUGUGGUGGGUCUUUAAAAUGUACUACGACAGCCGUUGAAAGAAAUUAGACCGACUCAAGUUACUGUUAAUUCCCGUAUAUGUUAUAGUUUCAGAUGUAUAAAUUUGGACUUUACACGGGUACAUAUUCACCACAAAAGUCAGACAUUCUACUUACUUACAUACCCUGCUUUAUGCAAGGCUUUGUCAAAAAGUCGCAUUGCCGUUUAUAUGUGAAACGUACAAAAAUACUAUAAGUCCUUAGCUGCGCUUCAAA